CGCCGCCCCGUUCUGACUUGUAUCAUCACUGAUUGGGUUUGCCUUUCCUUGAACUUCAUUCCCGUGUAUUCUCGUGUCUGGCUCCUUUCAUUCCACAUGACAUCAUUGAGAUUCACAUGUGUGUAUCGAGGAGCUCGUUUUUCUCACAGUUCGGAACGACAUAUCCACUAAGCGCUUACUGCCGGUCUAAGAACUUGGCAUGCAUGGAUUCACGUAAACCUCCCAACCCUAGGAGGUUUGAAGGCCAAGAACCGGGGAAACGGAGAGCCUAAGGACCUUGACUGGGGUCACGCGAUCAAGCAAUAGCCAAGCCAGGGUUCAAAUGCAGGCAGUCUGGUUCCGGAGCCAAGGUUCUUAACACUCUGCUGAUGGCCCCCACAGUGCUGUGUCUGUGCCUAGCCUUGCGUGCGCGAAGUGAGCUAGUGUGCACUUGGAGGAUUGGGUGCCUGGAUGUGGCCGGAGGGAGCGGGAGGAAGGAGUGGAGUGGGGAUGGCUGCAGGUUUCUGGCUUGAGUAACUGGGUGGGUGGCAGUGCCGUUACUAAGAUAGGGAACACAGGAAGAGGAACAGAUGGCAUGGGGGGUGGGGAACAGAGACAAGGGGUUCGAUUUGGGGCCUAUGGAAUUCUAUGUUUCUAAGGGACAGCCAGGCACAGAUAAAAAGCGGGCAUUUGGUUUUGGCGGGGGUGGGCCUGGGGCUUGGGCAUGGGAUUAGGCAUUCGGCACCCUGUGGACAGCAUCUGGGGUUUGGCAAAGGAUGGGGUCUCCCAGCGGGGCCGGUAGGGGCAGGCUGUGUGGGUAUGCUCUGUCUGUGUGUGUUUCUGUGUGUGUCUGUGGGCUGCACGUGUAUGCAUGUGUGUGCCUGGCUCCGGGUCAUGAGUUUCCCCAUCUCCUGGGAGAGCCUGCAGGUCAGCUGGGAGCUGCGUUGUUUUUGUUUGUGGUUUUGCAGGGGGUGGGGUGGGGGGGGCGCCCGGCCUGAGAAACUCCCCGCUGAGAAGCCCCCGGAAGCACCUGUGCGUUCUCUUCCCCUGGCCCAGUGUGAACGAAAGGUUAGCAAGGAGGGGGGUUUCUCUUGCUUGUCUCAUGCCUGCGGGGAGAGGCUGUCCCCGGGACGAAUUUUACCCGGUGAGUCCGCCGACCGCGGACCCCCUAGGUCUGGGAUCCAGACACUUUGUGGUAGGCUCGCCAAAAGGGGACAGGGGCCUUUCGAAAGGACACCUGAGUAGGGGAGAUCGGCAGCCUUCUGGUUGGUUUUUCCUGUUCUCAUUUCCUGUGAUGGCAGUGGGGGAGGGGCUCCCCAGCACUGGGGCCUCUGCAUCGUUUCCCCUUCCUCCUGGUGACCUCCUGGGGCCCAGGCCUGAGCACUGUAGGACACAGACAAGGUACAAGGUAGCCCAGCCCUCAGGACUGAGUCCUUUGGGGACUGCCAAGGGCGGCCGAGGCAUUUAGGGGAAGGAGCCCCAAGUCCAGUCCCCUUACCCGAGGCCAGCCAGGCUGUGGGAGGCUCUGUGGUUGAGACCCUCCAAAGGGGAAGACACAGUAAGCUCUGUGUCCUGACGUGGCCCACGUCACCAAGCUACAAACAGGAGAGAGUGGAACAUCUUGACCGGCCGUCGGUGCCCAAAGCCCAGAGUACCCCCAGCGCCACCAUGACUGGGCCGCUAAAGAGGAAGUUUGACCAGCUGGAUGAGGACUCCUCCUCGCUCUGCUCCUCUUCCUCCUCCUUGUCCUCGGGCCGCCGUUCUGGCUCCUGCUCCCCGAGCUCUUCCGUCUCCCUGGCCUGGGACUCAGAUGAGGAGGGCCCCUGGGAUCAGAUACCCCUGCCUGACCGUGACUUCUGUGGCCCCCGGAGUUUCACCCCCCUGUCCAUCCUGAAGAGGGCGCCCCGGAAGCGCCCAGGCCGCGUCGCCUUCGAUGGCAUCACCGUCUUCUACUUUCCUCGGUGUCAGGGCUUCACCAGCGUGCCCAGCCGCGGUGGCUGCACUCUGGGCAUGGCCCCCCGCCACAGCGCCUGCCGCCGCUUCUCCUUGGCCGAGUUUGCACAGGAGCAAGCCCGGGCUCGGCGGGAGAAACUGCGCCUGCGCUUGAAGGAGGAGAAGCUGGAAGCCCUGCGGUGGAAGCUCACGGAGGCUGGCGUACCCGAGACGGAGGCCGGCCUGCCACUCACAGUGGACGCGAUCGAUGACGCCUCCGUGGAGGAGGACUUGGCCGUGGCCGUGGCCGGCGGCCGGUUGGAGGAAAUGACCUUCCUACAGCCCUAUCCGGCCCGGCGCCGGCGGGCUCUGCUGCGGGCUGCGGGAGUGCGGAGGAUCGACCGCGAGGAGAAGCGGGAGCUGCAGGCCGUGCGCCAGUCCCGCGAGGACUGUGGCUGUCGCUGUGACCGGGUCUGUGACCCCGAGACCUGCAGCUGCAGCCUGGCGGGCAUCAAGUGCCAGAUGGACCACACCGCGUUCCCCUGCGGCUGCUGCCGGGAGGGCUGUGCGAACCCCAAGGGCCGCGUGGAAUUUAAUCAGGCGCGGGUGCAGACCCAUUUCAUCCACACGCUCACCCGCCUGCAGCUGGAGCAGGGGGCUGAGAGCCUGGGGGAGCUGGAGGCUCCCGCUCAGGGCGGCCCGGCCAGCCCCGGUGAGCAGGCGCUGGCUCCCACUUUCCCGCCGGCCAAGCCCCCCGCGAGCAGCGAGCUGGGAGACGACAGCUGUAGCAGUGACAUGACCGACUCCUCCACAGCUUCAGGCACGAGCGAGGCCCCCAGCGGCCCCACCCGCCCAGCCCUGCCCGGCCCCGGCUUCCAGCCUGACAUGGAUGAUGACAGCCUGGCCCGGGUCCUGAGUUUCAGUGACUCGGACCUGGGAGGAGAGGAGGAGGAGGAGGAGGAAGGGGGAGUGGGGACCCUCGACAACCUCAGCUGCUUCCACCCAGCUGACAUCUUUGGGACUGGUGACCCCGGUGGCCCAGCCAGCUGGACCCACAGCUAUUCCAGCUCCGGCCUCACGUCAGGCAUCCUGGAUGAAAAUGCCAACCUGGAUGCCAGCUUCUUCCUAAACGGUGGCCUUGAAGGGUUGGGAGAAGGCAGCCUCCCGGGCACCUCGGUGCCGCCCGGCUCGGACGCUGGCCAGAGCAACUCCGUGGACCUCAGCUUGUCUUCCUGCGACUCCUUCGAGCUGCUCCAGGCCCUGCCAGACUACAGUCUGGGGCCUCACUACACCUCCCGGAAGGUGUCCGACAGCCUGGACAACCUCGAGGCACCCUACUUCCCCUUGCCUGCCUUCUCUCCGCCUGGGGACGCGGGCUCUUGCUUCCUGGAGUCCGUCAUGGGCUUGCCUGACUCAGCCGCCGAGGCCCUGGCUCCCUUCAUAGACAGCCAGUUGCUUGAGGACACCGCCCCGGCGUCUCUGGUGGAGCCUGUGCCCGUGUAAGGCCCCGGGGCACCUUGUCACGGCCCCAAGAGCCCUGUUGCUGCUUUGUUGUAAUUUGGGGGCUCCCUGAGGCCUGUAGGUAAGGGUCUCCCAUUGGCUGGCUCGCCCGUGCGGGCACUCCUGAUUUUUGUGCAACACUCUGGAUUGAUUUAUUUAUUUUUGUAAGUUUCUGUGCCGAAGAGAGGGCGGGGAGGGGGCCUUCCCUUCCCGCCACCCUGCUCCCCCGCCCCCCAGGCCCACACAGUCUCUCCUUCCACUUCCACGGUGUGCGUGCCAGGGACAGGAGGACGUAAGCCUUCCCUGGAGCUUCGCAGACCCCUUUUCGGUCUCAGAUGAUGUUCCUUAGCCCAAAGACAGCAAGACAGGGCAGCAAUCAGCCACUUCUUACGGCUUCUCCUGCCAUCCUGAGCCCCAGACCCAUGGGUGGCGGCGUUCUCUGGACUCUAAAGACUAUAAUUUAUUUCCAUAAUUUAUUUGGAGACUAGGAGGUGUCGGCCUCUCCCCACCGGCUGGCGGGCAAUGCUGGGGUUGGGGUGGGACACAGACCCCCGUGAGUCCCUUUUGCCUUGUAGUCCUAUAUCCCUGCCCUUCCUGGGCUUUGGUAUAAACCAGGUGUGGAUUUGGGCCCUGUGGUCUGCUGUGGCAGCUGCCUGGCCCCGGGUGGCUGAGGACUGCGUCCAGGCAGGGGGCUGGGUGGGGCUGACCAACCGUGACCAAAACCUGCCCCACACGGCCUCCUCUUUUUCCUGUCCUCUGCCAUAUCUUCCUCCUCCCCAAAGGUCACAGCCUUCAUUCUGGGCCCAUCAGUGUAGAAGGGAAGCAGGAAGCCCCAGCGAGGGCAAGGGGCUAGCCUCGGGGCCCGCAGCACGCCCCUGACCACUAUCUCAGGGCUUUCUGGGCACGCAUGCCAGCCUGGGCCGCCUGCCCAUGCCCUGAGGCCACCUGGCUGGGGUGAGGGGCGGCUCCUUGUGGCUUUUAUGCCGUUCGUUUGCUGAUGUUAAGUUUUGCAUCCUAAUUUCUAUAUCGUCCCUGAGUGUUAGAGCUAUAUAAUUUAUUCAUCUUUCUCCAUGUCUGUGCCAAGAAGCCCAGGCUGUGGGCCUGCCUUCUUGCCUAGGAGGCCUUACCAGCCCGCGUGCUUGUGGGAACACCUUGUACCUGAGCUUACAGGUACCAAUAAAGAGGCUCUAUUUUUAAAA